AUGCCUAAGAAAAGACAGAGGCACUUUCAAUCUUUCAAGCCUUCGUCAGCGGCAUUCUCAGCGGCUUCAUCAACCGGCAAGGUCAAACCACAACGGGGCGUAAACGAGCUUCUCUCACGCCUCCGUCUAAGGUCGGCCGCCUCGGCCGCUCCGCCGUUCCCUCACGCCCCUUCCACAACCGUGCCGAGCGUCCCCCCUUCCAUCGGUGAGAUCCUCCAGCUGCCCGAGACUCCCGCUCCGCUGCCUCGUCGCCGCGCGAGGCAGAGAUUCGACCACUCUGGCCGCCGGCUUCCCGCAGGUCCUCCGCCACCGCGCAGCUGGGCGACUGCUUGCGGAGCCUCGCGCGACCGAUAUGCCGGCGGUGCGCUGCCGCCCUCCCCGCGCCUGAGCUCUCAACUUUGUCAAACUUCGUUGCCAGGCGUGCACACGCCGGAGCCAGGGUGUCUGAUCGACAUAGUCCUUCGGCAUGUAGCCCUGAAUUGGGAGAUUCAUCGUGUCUAUGACCAGUACCAUUUAUACUUUCUGCCCAGCCAUCUCAAGCCUACGCUCUUGCGCUAUAUCGGGAAGCUCUCCAGCCAUGGUGUCUCGGUCGCCGAUCUGCAAAUGUUGUUGCUGCCUCCCGAGGGCGUGUACGAUGAAGGCGAAGCCGACGGCGCUGUUGCCUCGAAUGCAGACGUCACCUGCCUCGACCUUUGCGGCUCGCUGGGCCGCUCCCUCAGGUUGAAAGACCUUUUCGAGCUUCUUUUCCCGUCAGGCACCGUCUCGGGUCCCGGAGAGGUCCAGGAUUCUUGGGAGGACAUCGAUCAAGUCUCAUGCCCACCCCGAGUUCUUCUGCCUAACCUGACGCAUCUGUCGCUUGCGCUGGAUCCUCAUGGUCCUUCGGACGUGUCGUGGAAGCAGCUUUUGACACUGUCAACGAAGCUUUCCACCGUCACCCACCUGGACCUCGCCUUCUGGCCGGAGCCCUGCUUGACGCCUCGGUCUCGCUUCGCGUCGUUCAAGACGCCUCAAGGGCUGAGCAUUCCUGCGGCCGGUACCAAUUACUACUCGCACACGCUCGACAAUGACUGGAGCGAGGCUCUGCUCGUGCUAAGGACGUUGAGCCACAACCUCUACAAGCUCGAAUUCCUUGACUUGACGGGGUGCACGACCUGGUUCAAGGCACUCAUGCUCAGAUCCGGACAUGAUUUUGUCGACUGGGCCGGGCCCUGGAGCAAGCUUACCGUGCUCCGCCUGUCGAUGGGCUGGACACCGACCAAGGACGGGCUGCCGUCCGAGAGGGCGGCGUACCGAGAAACGUCGGAGAUGGCUCGUCUAGUUGAAAGGCACAUUGUUGCUCAGAGGGCUGGAAAGGGCCACUUCAUCACUGUAGAACGCGAUACGGUCGAAUUGGACUAG